UCUUUAUUUUCUUUUUCUCUUCGGUAUUUUUUUUGUGCAAAACGACGUGUAUUCCACGUGCGUUGCAUUAUAUUGAAAACAAUUGUAAUUGAAUUCAGAAAAUUUUAUUACAAUCCACGAUGGGUCGUAAAGCAGAAUACAGUGAAAAGUCUAAAAAGGGUCCUGGGCGCAAGGCUCGUAGACAAGGACCUCCAAGCUUUCCCAAGAAAUCCUUUGCUCCCCUCGAGGAUGUGGAUAAAACUCUGACGCAUCGUCAAAAGCAACGUUUAGCCAAACAUUUAAAGAAAAAGACUGAGCUUAAGGAAAGACGAAAAUUAUUUAAAGAAAAGAAGAAAUUGAACAAAAAACAGCAAUUAUAUCAAACUGAUAGUGAAGGCGAUGAAAAGACCACUUUAGAUAACGGCCACUCAAUGGAUCAAGGGGAAAAUGAAACCAUUGAUGCCGUGGUUAAACAAAAGCCGAAUAUAAAGAAAACCAAACGUUAUACAGAUGAUAAUCGCGAUUGGUUAACACCUAAGCAAAAGAAAAAGCAACAAGAUGCAAAAAUAGAUGAAGAGGAAGACGACAAAAGUGGAUCUGAAAAUGAAGAAUCUGCUCUUGACGAUCCAGUUUCUCAUGAGAACAUUUGUGAUGAAAUUGCUGUAUUCAAAAUGGGAAAAUUGGAUGAUUUAUCUGAUGAAGAAAAUUGCGAUGAUUUUGAAAAAUCUGACGAAGAGAAUGAUAAUCCAGAUGAUGGAGAUGAACGAGACGAUCUUUUACCUAUUGAAAGAGACUGUAAAAAACUUAAAAAGCGUGAAGCUGAACUAGUAAAACGGGCAGACGAGGAACUGCAAAUGUUGGUAGGUCAACAAGAUGUUUUUCAAUUUGCCGAAGAUAGUGAGGAGAGAGAUCUUACUCUUCAAGAUGUUUUGCAGCGUAUUAAAGAUGUAAAUCUAGUGUUGUCGGAUUUUAACAAAUACCGUCAACCGAAUCGGUCACGCAGUGAAUAUAUGGAAUUAUUGAAAAAUGAUUUAUGUAUAUAUUAUAGCUACAACGAGUUUCUCAUGUCAAAGCUAAUGGAUAUAUUUCCUUUAUCCGAAUUGAUGGAGUAUCUGGAAGCUUCCGAAGUAGCUCGUCCUCUAACUAUUAGAACUAAUACUUUAAAAACUAGGCGGAGAGAUUUGGCAGCUGCCUUAAUUAAUAGAGGUGUAAAUUUGGAUCCCUUAGGUAAAUGGACGAAAGUUGGUUUGGUUAUUUACAAUUCCCAGAUUCCAUUAGGAGCUACACCGGAAUAUUUAGCCGGUCAUUAUAUAAUCCAAGGAGCUUCUUCUUUAUUGUCUGUCAUGGCUUUGGCGCCUCAAGAAGGCGAACGCAUUUUAGAUAUGUGUUCGGCUCCGGGAGGAAAGGGGUCUCACAUAGCUGCCAUUAUGAAAAAUACGGGUGCAUUGUUUGCUAAUGAUGCAAACAAAGAUCGGAUUAAAGCUGUCGUUGCAAAUUUUCAUCGCUUGGGCGUGGUUAACUCAGUUAUAUCUUGUGAAGACGGCUGCAACUUUCGCCAAAUUAUGACUGGCUUUGAUCGCAUACUUUUGGACGCUCCUUGCACUGGCACGGGAGUCGUUUCAAAAGAUCCCAGUGUUAAAAGCACUAAAACAGCGGUAGAUGUGCAGCGUUGCUAUAAUUUGCAACGUAAAUUAUUAUUAAGUGCUAUAGAUUGCACUGAUGCCAAGUCUUCUACCGGCGGAUAUAUCGUCUAUUCCACUUGCUCGAUAUUGCCCGAGGAAAACGAGUGGGUUAUUGACUAUGCCUUAAAAAAACGUAACGUUAAAUUGGUGCCGACUGGCUCGGAUUUCGGUGUCGAAGGCUUUACAAAAUAUCGUCAGUACCGUUUCCAUCCCAGUUUAAAUUUGACUCGCCGUUACUAUCCGCACGAACACAACAUGGACGGCUUUUUUGUAGCUAAGCUAAAAAAGUUCUCUAACACUAUACCAGUUAGUCAUGAAGUUGAAAAGGAGGAAGAUGAACAUCAGCUUGAUGAAGAUAUGACGAUAACUGUAUCAAGUGCGGAACACGAAGAAGAGCUAAGAAACGACAAAGUGAACGAACCCGUGAAAAUUGGUAAACGGGCUGGUAAACCUAAUCUCUCUGAACUUGAAUUGGAGUUAAAGAAAAAGAAACUUGAAACGAACAAAACAAAAUACGUUGUGAAGGUUUUCGAGAAGCCGUCAAAAACAAAAAGACCUUUAUGUGUGCAAAAUACCGAUGAAAAUCGGCAGGAACUCGACAAAAGUCAAAAGCAAAAGGAAAAAUCACAGUUAAAACCAAAAGUAAGCACAGAAGCAGUCGAGUUGAUGCCUUUGCUCGAGGGUAAAUCAAUUAAAAAAAGCAAUAAGCUGAAAAAUCAACAGAAAUCCAAAAAUUUGAAAAAUUAAAGGUUACAAAGCAGC